AUGCUUCAUGUUAUGCACUGGAAUGCUCAAGGCAUAACAACACAUUCAGCUAUUUCGCAAUUAGAACAAUUUAUUCGAAAGAAUAACAUAGAUAUUGUUUUAUUAAAUGAAACAUUUCUUAAACCUCACCACAAAUUCUUGAUUGUUGGUUAUAAAGUUUAUAGAAGGGAUCGUCCAACUCAUGGCGGAGGAGUGCUUAUUGCGAUUCGCAACUGUUUAGAACAUAAAUUACUUCGUUAUGAUAAAACUUUUGAUAUUGAGAAUAUAUCCAUUUCAAUUGAUCUUAAUGGAAGAACAACAAUUAUAACAUCAGCGUAUUGCCCACAGUUUUCUGAUAAAUUUAAAAAGGAUCUUGAUGUAUUAACGAAUAAAUCAACAGAGUUUUUUAUUUUCGGCGAUUUUAAUGCACAUCACACAAGCUGGAAUUGUAGUUUAAAUAACCAAGCAGGUAAUGUUUUAUUUAACCACCAAAAUCAGUCCAACUAUUACGUUUUCUACCCUACAAAUAACACUCGCUUUGAUCAAACUGCUUCUCCUUCUCCUCCAUCCACAAUUGAUAUUAUGCUCUCAAACUCAAGUCUAUCAUUUUCAAAUCUAGAAACUCAUCCUAAUGAACUUGUCUCAGACCAUGUUCCUGUAACUUGUUAUAUAUAUGGGAAUAUUCAAGGUACCUCAAACAAAAUCCCACUCUACCAUUUAGCCGAUUGGAAUUCUAUAAGAAGAUGGGUAGACAACGAAAUACAAGUACAAAACCUAAUAUCAGAAGACUUAACCAAUGUAAACAUUGACUCAAUUUUUGUAAAGGCUAUCUCCAUUUCAAAUAAUGCUUAUAGAAAAAUUCCUGUGGGUAAUAAUAGAGAUUGGAAAAAUAAUAUUUCUGACCUAAUGAUAAACUUAAUUAGACAACGAAAGAAAUAUCAACGUAAAUUACAACGGUGUUCUGAUUAUGGUAGAAGGCAAACAUUAAUUAGCAUAUUAAAGCAACUAAGGAGUUUGAUAGAUUUUCAUAUAAAUAGAGAUAGAAAUGAAAACUGGUCUACAUUUAUUAAGAAACUACCAACGGGUAGCAAACAGUUUUGGAAACUGACGAAAACAUUUAAAUGUAAACGUUUUGAAAUUCCUUCCCUCAAAUUAAAUGGACAUGAAUAUAACACCAAUGAAGAUAAAGCUAACAUUAUUGCUGAUGUAUUUGAACAGUCUCAUAAAAUUACCCUAAAUAAUCAUACAACUAUGGAUAAGAAAGUUCAAAGACAUACUCAAAGUCUAUACCACAAUAAUGAAAUACUAUUGGAACAAGAUGCUUUGACGAAAGCUACCGAAUUAAUAGAAAUAUCUAUUACAACUACAAUAAUACAAUUACAGCAAGACAACAACAGCAACAACAAAAGAACACGAUACAAAUAA